AGUCUGAAACCUUCCCGCCUCCGCCAGGCUUUAUUAGCACUCGCGGGUGGGAGGUUGGGCUGCCCGGGGUCCCGCGCGCACCCGCAGCCUGGCGUGUCGCUGGGCCUGUCGCGCGCACACCCACCCUCUGCGUCUCACAUCUGGCCCCGGGGACAGCUACCCCACGCCUCCCUCCAGCCGCAGCCGCUCGAGAAAGUUCACGGACCCCUGAGUCCCCAGCCCUUCCCUCCAGGACCCAGGUUGAUCAUUAACUUUUGGAAACUUCUGAUGUAACAAAGGAAAGAGAGAAGAUGCAAGUAUACAGUAGCUUUUAAAGCUUCUGCUUGGAGCCUGGCCUGGUGGUGCACACCUGUAAUUCCAGGGACUCAGGAGGCUGAGGCAAGAGGAUUGAACAUUCGAGGCUAGCCUCAGCAAUUUGGCUGAUCUUUUGGUGCACAUCAUGUCUACUUUUGAAGAUGCCGACACAGAAGAGACAGUAACUUGUCUCCACAUGACUGUUUAUCAUCCUGGCCAGUUGCAAAGUGGAAUAUUUCAAUCCAGAACAUUUUAUGAUAGACAGAAAUUCCCUUCCACCGAAGUGAUAAAAUUUGGACGGAAUUCCAACAUCUGUCAUUAUGUUUUUCAGGACAAACAGGCUUCACGAAUCCAGUUUUCUCUGCAGCCAUUUAAACAGUUUAACAGCUCAGUUCUCUCUUUUGAAAUUAAAAAUAUGAGCAGGAAGACCAGUCUGAUUGUGGACAGCCAGGUGCUAGGCUACCUAAAUAAAAUGGACUUGCCCUACCGGUGCAUGGUCAGAUUCGGUGAGUAUCAGUUCCUGUUGGAGAAGGAAGAUGGAGAGUCACUGGAAUGGUUUGAGACACAAUUUCUUUUUUCUCCAAGACCGCUCUUGCAGGAAAACUGGCCAGCACAGACACCCAUACCUGAGAAUGGCAGCUGUUCAUCCUGUUCUACCCAAAGCCCUCUUCCUACAGAAAUGGAUGAAAAUGAAUUGUGAACUGAGGGUCUAAGAGGAGAAACAUGAAGGAUGAAGGACAGAUUGGAGACAUUCUGCUUAUUAAAAGUUUAUUAGUUUAGUACAUCAUAGUCAUCUGUUAGGCUGCCAAGUUUGGGAUUUGUUAUUACCAUCGUGUUGUUACUCAUCGUCUUAGUCACCUGUUGCACUUCUGGAUCUAUGAAGAAUUAAGUGUACAUUAGUGAGGGUUAGUGUGUAAAAAUAUCCUUGUGACGAAAUUGUGUUCUUAAAAUAAGGUCAUAUAUUUUCUUUU